GGUUUGCGAGGAAGUGACACCUGAUUUGUUAGUUCCAAUUCUUCAAGAAAAGUGAAGUUCCAAUCGCAGAGAUAGAUCCUCAUUCCUGGCCUCCUUGUCUGUGUUUCCAUUCAUCUGUGUCAUAACCUCCUUCUCCAUGUGCCUCGGUUUGAAAUCAUCCUAACCUCGAGGUCAAGCUUGGAGGCUUGGAGGCGAUUGAAGGGCCAGCAGGAGCAUGGAGGUGCCCCAAAUCCAUGAUGUGGUGUUUGUCUUGGAGGACACGGCCAUGAAUCAGUUGUUUCAUCCCGAGAUCCGAACCAAUUACAUCCAGAGCCUCUUGGACCAUUUCAGUGGGGGAUCGGCCAAGGACGUCCCUUGGGCCUCCAUUGAGUGUAGCACCACUUAUACCUUGGUCACGUACCAAUCCGCAGAUGCGCUGCCCAAUCCUUUGGUGGGUUAUGAGGGGCCCUUCACUCACUCCAAGCAGUUUUUGGCCGCCUAUGACCGGGUCAAGUUCAUUGGGGGUGCGGGUGAGGAUCACGCCAAUGGAGUGGAUGGUUUGGCUAUGGCCUUGGUGGUCUUUGAUCGGCUCGAGACCAUUCGGGCCCAUCAAACCUUCCGCACGAAGCCCUUGAAAUAUAUCAUUUAUAUCAGUACUUCUCCCGCCUACGAUAUGCCGGUAAUGGACGUGUCGGGCUUGAUGGGCUUGAGUUUGGAUGAUUUGGUGGCCAAGAUUCGAACCCGAGAUAUUAAGCUCUCCAUAGUAGCCCCCACCAAGCUCCCGUUCUUAUUGAGGCUUUUUAAGAGCACGGGAGGUAAUGUACCGAUGCAUAUGGAGAAGAAUUACGCCAAAGACCGCCGACAUUUGAUUCUCAUUAACGGCGAUAUCUUGCCCGAAGUCCCGCUCACCCCACUUCAAUCGACCCUUUCUAAUAAUACUGGUACAGCAAACUCCAUGCCGAUCCACACCCAAUCGCAACCAACGCAUCAACCACCACCACCACAACUGCAGCAACACCAGCCACAGCUACAACAUCAGCAACAACAACAACAUCAACACAUGUUGCAACAGAAACAAAUUGUCAUGAACCCAAAUAGCGUGGUCAAUAACCCAAUGAUCGCGAACACACAAGGCCCGGAUUCGCACAACCAGACCACUGUCAACCAGAAUGCUUCCGAGACCCUGGCCAUGCCCCAAACAAGCAUGGCCCAACCCAGGAUGGUGCAGCAGCAAUUGAACACCUCCAUGGGACAACAGGCUUUGAUGAGACCGCAACUUCAGAGACCUAUCAAUCCAAGUAACAUAGCGCAACAAUCGAAUAUGCCCAUGAAUAAGAUGCAGCAAAUGCAAAUGCAACGCAUGCAACAACAACAACAACAACAACAACAACAGCAGCAGCAGCAGCAGGUGCAAGGACAACAGCAAGGACCAUUACAAGGGCAACAGCCAGGGCAACAACAACGAAUGCAAAUGAUGCAACAACAACAGAUGAUGCAGCAACAGCAGCAACAGAAUCCCCGUCCACAAUGGCAACCCAAUGCUUCCAUGGGAGGUCCAACUCAGUCUAGCGUGUUAAGAGACCGGCUCAGCCAAAAAGUUCAACAGCAACAACUCCAACAGCAACAGCAACAACAACAUAUACAACAACAGCAACAUCAGCAAGGAGCUAAUGCCUCUGACAAUCCAACUCUAACCAAACUCUUGAAUCAUCCGCCUCAAGGAUUAAAUCCAAAUGUUCCCGGAGGCAUCACUAUGCAAGGAGGCCGAAUGACGGCCCUUCAACAACAAUUGUCUCGUCCACUCAAUCCAGUAGCCACAACUCCCCAAAUAAUGAACCCAAUGAUGGCCAAUCAACAGCAACAACCACAACAACAACAGCAGCAAAUGAUGGGGCAAGUUGGACAACAGCAGCUACAAGUCCAACCUCAGAUGCCACAACAGCAACAGCAAAUCAAUAGAACUAGAGAAACUAUUUGGGAAGGUGACCUAACAUGGACCGAAAACUCGAAGACUGAUAACCAGCAGAAAAAGACCAAGCACGUUGUGAGAUGCUCUGUUACCUCCCCUAAAGAUCCUAGCACGGGUCAAGCCAAAGUCAAGUCUGACAAUUGGCCGCGACAUUUGAUCAUGCAACUGAUUCCUAAGUCCCUUGCACAAACCUUAGGCAGUCAAUUCUUCCAAAACUCCUCAACUGUUCUAUUCCAUCCAGAGCACUCAGACUCGCUCAUGGCCCUAACUCGUGUGUUAGGAUCGGACUAUGCUGGAUGCGUGCAUUUUACUGGCGAUAGCAACAAUCGAUGUGAAAUCAAGGUACUAAUUUUAUUGUACAGCAGGGAAAAGAACGCUUACUUGGGAUUCAUACCAAAUGACCAAAGCACUUUUGUGGAUCGCAUCCGUACAGUGAUUCACGAACAAAAAGAAGGUCAGAAACAACAACAGUUGCAACAGCAACAACAACAACAGCAGCAGCAACAGCAACAACAAAUGAACCAACAAGGUGGGACAGGCAUGAUGCAGCCUCAGUUGCAACAACAAAUGAUGACCAUGGGAGGUGGAACGAUGACCAUGGCUAGCCAAGGCCAACAACCAAACAUGAUUGGAGGAGGCAUGCUUAGCCAAGGACCAAAUGUUGUUCAACAACGCCAAAACUUCUCCGGAAUGAUGAACCAUACUCAGCAACGUGUGAUGAGGCCAAUCGGCAUUGGGAACGUACCUCAACAUCAACAGGCUGGUUUGAGACAGGUCCUGCAUCAGCAACAGAACCAACAACCUCAAUUUCAGCAGCGAGGAAUGAUCCCUCAACAAAUGAUGAUGCAGCAGCCACAACAGCAACAACAACAUCAGCAGCAACAGUUACAACAGCAAAUUGGAAGUGCCAACGAUCCAAUGCUUCGUGAAUUGUUAGGAUAGCCAUACUCGUAACCGACCAUAUAUUUUUUGAUUCAGUAUUUGAUGUUUAUAUUAUGAUAUUGACACGCUAUAUAAAAUCUAAUGAAGAAUGUCCACAAACA